UGGACGAAAGGGACAAGGGAGGGGAGUUUGUGUUGUCGUCUGAUUUGUCGCAAAGAGGACGUAAGACGGGAAAGAUGAGAGUGGAAAGGAGAUAAAGUGGAAGGUCAGCAACUGGUAGUGCUGCUGCCAUCUGUUUCCUUGUGCUUGUGGCUUUGUUCCCAGGGUCCAGAUGUAACCGUCGAGAGGGUCAUCGCAGUUUCACCUGGUGCGUUUGGCCAAGCAGGGAUGUCUGGCGUGUAGUCGUAGAGGGGCACAGCGCAUAAAAUUCUUAUGCAGGCGACGUGCAGUUUGUGAGGGAUGUGAAUGUCAGUUUCACCACUUGACUGUGAAAGCGAUGGACUCUUUGCAAGGAGAACAGGGGGGGGGAAAGGUAGAUGAGAAGAAGGAGGAGGAGGAAAGGGAGGAGAAGGAGGAGAAGGAGGAGGAGGAGGAGNAGGAGGAGGAGGAGAAGGAGGAGGAGGAGGAGGAGGAGGAGGAGGAGGAAGGAUUGCAACUCAUAGCUGCUGACAUUGGAACGAUGUAUGGUCCUGGGAGAAUGCCGAGAAGAAUGAGCACGUUGCUUCUGCAUUCAUCACAACCUUCCGUACAUGACCUCGGAUGGAAGGAGGUCCAUGAAAACCGGUUUGAUCCUGCAACGAAUCCAACGGGAUGCGUGGAACUUGGCGUAGCGGAGAACAUUCUUUCCCUGGACCUGCUAGAAGAAUGGUGGAACAAGAAUGCAAAGCCCUUGGACAGCGAUCACGGAGAUGGCGUGCUUCAGAUUGCUCAAUACCCUGAGAAUUUUCGUGGCUCUCUGAAACUCCGUACUGCGGUUGCGAGUUUCAUGACAACAGUUAUGACGCGGGGCCAGAUUGACAUCGACCCAUCUCACUUGUGUGUGUGUAGCGGCGGGUCUUGUGCAAUCGAAAUGUUGGCGUUGGCACUUGCCGAUCACGGAGAAGCAUUCCUCGUGCCUAGUCCGUAUUACCUCGGAUUCGCACGAGAUGUGGAACCACGUGCUGGUGUGCGCCUUGUCCCCGUACCAUCCUCCAGUGAGGAUGGCUUUUUUAUCACGCGAGAAGCCCUCGAGGAGGCAUAUGAUAAGGCCACUGCUCAGGGCAUCAGUGUCCGCGGGUUGAUGAUAACGACACCGUGUAAUCCAACUGGCGCAACCUAUGGAAGGGAUGUUCUAGCGAUGUUCGUCAACUUCGUGCAAGGAAGGCAAAUACACCUUAUCUCAGACGAAAUAUAUGCUGGGUCUGUUUUCCAACCACCUGCUUUCGUAAGCGUUUUAGAGGUCAUUAGCGCGGAGGAGGAGGCAGUCCAGCAGCGCGUGCAUGUAGUGUAUGGGUUUGCUAAGGACCUGGGGCUGGCCGGCUUCCGCGUCGGAGUGGUGCAUUCACGGAAUGAGUUGGUGAUGAGGGCACUUUAUCCUAUGCUGAGAUUCUCCAUCCUUUCCACCCCUGUAGAUAGAAUGUUGACCCCUCUGUUGCUCGAUAAGCCCUUCGUGGAAAAAUUCCUUGUGGAGAAUGCUCGCCGGUUGCAGGAGAGGUGGACAACCGUUGUUAGCAGCCUAGAGAGGUCAGGAUUGGGCUAUCUAGCAGGGAACGCUGGACUUUUCGUAUGGGUCGAUCUGAGCAAGCUGAUGUCAGAACCGACGCCGGAGGAGGAGAGGUCUCUCUGGAGGCGGUUGCUCUAUGACGUCGGGAUUCACCUGAAUCCUGGGUGCAUCUGGUCAUGUCAGGAGCCGGGAUGGUUUCGGCUCUGCUUUUCGACGGUCGACGACAUCACUCUUUCCGUUGCUCUCAGAAGACUCCAUGACUUUUCCAUUGAACGAUCGACCGUGACACAUUAGGCUCCCUCAGCUUCCGUGUGAAUAAUUGAUUGACCAUCACCGGGCAAGUAGUCUGGUAGUUCCUCCGUGUGAAGUAUUGCUUGACUAUCACAAGUAGUUUGAUAGUUCGUUGAGGUAACGAACGGUUUGUUGAUGAAAAGAGGGGGGGGAAGCGUGGGGGGGGAGGGGGUGGGGGGGGGAAGACUUGCGCAAUCAUCGGCUCUCUUCCCCGAGUAAUCUGCCACAGUUGCAGGGAAUCGGAAGUAUGUCUGUGAUAGGGAGUCAGGGCGUACUCACACCAGGACUGGUUCCACUUCUCUGUAGGCAGAACCACAGUCAGGUGCAUCCAGACGGGGCUGGAAAAGUGGUCAUAUACGUCCAGGAAAGUCCACUAGUAUCAGUAUGUCCUCAAGUCUCCCAUGGCCAUUGCUGUGGAUUGUGGUCGAUGAUGUCUUGUUCGUAUCUGAUUAUCGCAUGUCAAUUGCUGCAGAUUAGAAGCUUGAGCUGCAGUCCUUCGGGACAUCCGUUAAAAUUGGAACGAUACAGAGAAGAUUAGCAUGCAGUGAAUUGUUGGGAUUAAUCCUUUGGCCCCUGUGCAAGUAUGACACGCAUGAAUCAAGAAAUGAUCCAGAU